CAGCCGGAUGCAGGAAUUCCUCAAACCAAACAUCAGAUGCCAUCCUCCUGGAGAGUCUCUGCUCUAUCCUGGCUUAACCCGGCGGGCCUCGGCUCUGGAUCGGUUCAGGUCUGUGGAGGGCGGGGAAGACCUGCAGCUGAGCUCGACAUAAAGGCUGAUGCUAAACAUGCUGGCGUGGCUUCAAAGCUGCUGAUGAGAAGCACAUGACUGAAGCCCUAACAAAGCCUUCUCAGACGCUCCUCACUCGCUGAAACUGAACCUCUCAGCGGAGUCUUUCCGUCGGUGGGGGUGUUUUUUUUUUUUUUCCCUUCAGAGGAGGGUGAUGCUGCUCGUCGCUCUCUGGGAAUGUACUGACUGAGGAUCCAACUCUCAGGCUUCCAGCUGGACGCUGCUCUGCUCGCUGCGUGGGGUUUAAACCGGGACGCAAACACACCUGGCGGCUCAGCUGCUGUUUAACUAACCAGAAUUCUAACUAAACCAUGAGGGUCUUCAUCCUGCUUUGCCUGCUGGCGCUGGGCAACGCCAAACCCUACCAGCCAAUCAACGUCAUGGACUUCAUGAAAAACUAUGACAUCAUGAUGGCAGAUGAGGACGACGACGACGACGACGAUGACGAUUAUGAUGAUGACGACUGUCCAGCUAACUGUCGCUGUUCACCCAGAGUGGUGCAGUGCUCUGACCAGGGUCUGAUUUCGAUUCCGGAGAAGAUUCCUGAAGAUACUGUGAUGAUGGAUCUCCAAAACAACGACAUCACUGAAAUCAAGGAGGACGACUUCAAAGGCCUCAAUACGCUUUAUGGCCUGUUUCUGAUCAACAACAAGAUCUCCAAGAUUCACCCAAAAGCCUUCAGAAACAUGGACCAUCUCAAACUGCUGUAUCUCUCCUACAACCUGCUGACUGAAAUUCCAGCCAACUUGCCGCCCAACGUCAUCGAGCUGCGAUUCCACGAAAACAAGAUCAACAGAAUCCAGAAGGACGCGUUUAAAGGCUUGAGGAAACUCCACGUGUUGGAGCUGGGCGCCAACCCUCUGGCCAACAGCGGGAUCGAGCUCGGAGCUUUUAACGGCUUGUCAACGCUGUAUAUCGGCAUCGCGGAGGCCAAACUCACCGCCGUGCCAAAAGACCUGCCGCCCUCCAUCACUGAGCUGAGCCUCGACUACAACAAGAUCGCCAAGGUGGAAGUAGAAGACUUCAUCAGAUACAAAAACCUGCAGAGGCUGGGACUCGGCUUCAAUCAGGUCAAGUACGUAGAAAACGGAAGCCUCGCCAGCAUCCCAAGCGUUCGAGAGAUUCACUUGGACAACAACCGACUGAGGAAGGUUCCUCCAGGACUCAGCUCUCUGCGCUACCUCCAGGUGAUUUUCCUUCACGGCAACAAGAUCGGCAGCGUCAGCGUGAACGACUUCUGCCCCGUGAGGCCGAGCGACAAAAAGAACCUCUACACCGGCAUCAGCCUGUUCGCCAACCCGGUCAAAUACUGGGACAUCCAGCCGGCCACGUUCCGCUGCGUGACCGGACGGAGGGGCGUCCAGCUCGGGAACUUCAGGAAGUAGCGGCUGGAAGCGAGAAAACCGCAAAAAUGUCCUGGAGAUGUUGUCGGGAAGGAGAAGCUGGAGAUGAUUGUGGUAGAUAAGACAAGAUGAAACCGUUUCCCUGAAGGAAGCUGUCGAUGAAACGAGCUCUCUUUAUGUUAGAACCUUUAGUCUAUGGUGUUGGUGUGGAGACGUUCUGUUGGGGGAACUAGAGUAGAAAAGCUAUGAGGAGAUGUUUCCAGCAGCACGGUGGACGGAAGAACAUUAGAAUAAAAACAGGAACUCUCAUUCCCACCUUUAAGGGGAUUGUUGUCUUCAGCCCCUCAACCUUUAUGGUGUAAACUGUCCCAGGAACAAAGCGCCUCCUGGUGGUCGUUUUCUGCAAAAACCACUCAAUGGUUCAACCCCAACGUCCACCUGAAGCUCUAAAAACCUCUAAAAUAUGUUUCUAAAGUUGCCAUUAAUGACUAUUUAACAGAUUAGUUCAUUAUUUUAAUCCAAAUAAGCAAAAAGAGCAUUUAAUUUAAGCUAAAGUUAUUGUGACAAGCUAUAUUUCAAUGUCAAAAGCAGCAAAAUAUGCAAUGAAAAAGAGGUUUACGUACUAAAAACUGUAGUUAAACUGCCAAUAAGUUACACACAACAAUCAUAUAGAGGAAAAAAGUCCGUUAUAACAAGUUAAAAAAACAUAUAUAGAAUAAAAUAAUAUCAAUGUCAUCACAUUUUAGAAUUAAAAUAAUAAAUUUUGUCCACUAUUUGUGUCAGUUCUACACGUUUUCUACUACUGUACACGGUAAAGUGGAACAUUGUACUGUUGUUUUGCAGAUUUCCCAAUUUUACAGAUAAAAACUAGUAAAAUAACCGAAGAAAACAUUAAUCUGCAUCAUAACUGAGAAAAGAAAAACUAAACUGUCCACAACAAAAAUAGUUUUUUUAAAAUACUGUUUUACUUUAUUUAAAUCAGUAAAAUUUAAAGAGUUAUUUUACAGGUUUUCGUCAUUAUUGCCGCUGUUUUCUACAGUUUUUGAAUUCUACAGUUGCUUUUUAACAUAAUUUUUCUAUUCUGGUGUUUUUUUUAUUUACAUGUAAGCUUCUUUUUUCUUGCAACAGUCUAAGAACCAAACCAAAAUUGAAUUUUUGUAGCUAGCACCAACUUAAAAAUCCAGUAUUGAUUUAUCAGCCAAUAUUUGCAGACUCAGAAAAUUUUAGAGGCUCAAACUAUCAGCGAGAGCUCCGAAGCUUCAGUGUGGGACUGUGGACGCUGGGAUUGGACCAUUGACUGGACUCGAGUGGUUUUGGGUCAUUGUGGAUCAAUUCAAACAGAAUUCAGGAGAUACGUUGCUCCACCAUCUCAGAUUUUGUUCUUAAGUUUUAUUUGUUGUUUUCGAUCCAAAGUUGAGUUCUGUUAAAUAUUUUUUGAUGGAAUUUUGAGAAUUUCAUGUUUUCAGAACUGCAAAUUUUUGUAUUUUCAGCCUAAAAAAAACACCUGUUAAGCCAUUUAAAGGAUUCACUAUAUGCAGAAAUUAAACUCCUACAGUCGUGACAUUUUGUAAAGGCGCAAACAAAACAGUUUCCAGCAGAUUUAAAUGGUUGUAUGGCUUCAGCAGAGGCAAAAUUUCAAAUUAUUGGAACUUGAAAAUGGGUAAAAUUGUAAGAUUUUUAAACAAGGGUGGUACUUUGGCUCCAGAAGGUUCCUGGAAGUGUAUAUAUGGAUGGAUCCAUAUUUUCUACUAAAACUGCAGAAUCUGUCGGACAUUUCACCAACUUUUGAGGCUCUACCGUUGGUAGAGGUUGAUGUGGGUCAACACCAGUUUUUGUGGUGCUAUGAAUGACUCCAUGUCACCAUUCUGGUCUGUCAAAAUAUCAAAAAAACUAAACCACAGCUUGCUAUUCUUCCCACAAAACAAAUCCUACUGAUGUUCGUGUGCUCAAAAGUUGACAAAAUGUCAACUAAAGUCAGUAUCUUUAGUAGGAAAUAUGGAUCCGUCCACUUUCUGGGGCUACAACGCCACCUUCAUUUGAAGAUUUUGGCCUUUUUGUCCAUGUCCAAAGACCAUAGUAGGCUUGUCUUCUGAUGGAGCCAUUCAAUCAAUCUAAUCUGCUGGAAACUAUUCUGUGUUCUCGCUAAAUUUCACGGUUGUAGGUGUUUUAUUUCUGGAGAUACUAAAGCCUCAAAAUUGCUUCACAGGUACUUCUUGAGGGUGGAAAUGGAAAACUGUCCAGUUCUGCUAUUAUUAAAUUCUCAAAAUUGAGUCAAAAUGCUCAACAGAACUUAGUUUUGGGGCCCAAACAACCAAAAAGUAAACUAUCCGAAAUGACCCAGACUGACCCUUUUGCAUGGCGACCAUUUUAAUCACAAGACAAAUUUUCUUUCUUUUCUAGUUUUAAAUAUUUAAUGAGAUGUAGUCGAGUAGAAAACUCCUUCCUUGUAGUAUCUAGAAAUAAGAAAGACCACAAACUUCUCGUAGUCUUUCCUCGUGUAUUAUAUCGACGCCUGUUUUCAGUCUGGAGUCACUAAAAGCAAAGCUGUAGCUUAAACCUGAAGACGGUUUUCCUUCCAGCAGAAGUCUGUACAGUUAAUGAAUGAUGUCGGCAUUAUUUAGUGCAAUACGUCACUGAGUGGAUGUUUGUAUAUUAUCUCACUGCAUGUCUGUGUCACCGUUUAUUUAGAAGCUGAAAGUCCGAUUGGAUCAGAAGCUGUUAUUGAUGUAGAAGCGUCCUCUGCAGGGCCGGGGAUGGACCGGUUAUCUUUACGCUAAACCUCCCCUGUUUUUAUCAACUAUAGCAUCCAAAUGAAGUCGUUAAUCAGGCUGAGCAGGUGUAAAUCCCAAAUAUCUGUAAUGUCUGAGAGAAUCUUCUGCUCCAACAGGUUUCCUCCAGUGUCCUCUCCCUAAAUGGUGCUAUAUUUAUUGAGGAUGUAUUAAAAUAAAACUGGAACACC